AUGGCGUGGACGAUGCGUCCUACGUGUGUGGCUCUGGACGCCCGCGACGAACAAGCACGCUACGCCUCUAUUGCGCGCAGGAUGGAGUCGUAUGCGCUACCGCCGACAACAGCGCCCAGUACGUCGUCAUCAAACACGACAAUAGGGACAGCAGAUACGAAGGCAUGGGCUGAUUCUGCCCCUCAAAUGUUUGAUCGCGCUUGCACAACGUUGCUGUGGACAGAAAUGGCACGCACACUCGCAGCUAGCACAUCGUACCAAACUCGACGAGCAAACGAUUUGGUAUCGCAGCUACAGCUACAUGAUCCAGGCCCACAUCUCCCACCACCUCUCUCGACGUCAGACGAGGCAGAGAUGGCUCGUAGUCGUAUGGCAGCUGUCGGUCGGCAUGUGGGUGCCAACCUGAUAGAGAGGCUCACGCGCGAUCGCGCACGUUUGACAGAUGCGCUGGACCGCGUCAAGUUUAUAUGCAAGGAUCUAUGGAUGACAGUAUGGGAAAAGCAAAUGGACAACCUACGAACCAACCAUCGCGGCGUAUUUGUUCUACAAGAUCAUGGGUUGCGAUCACUUUCAUCGCUGCGGGCCAGCGAUGCCUCCCAAUCGUAUGUGACUAUGCACUUGGCCUACGCUGAGGGACUCAUUCACGGCGCCCUCGAGCGCCUCGGAGUGACUGCGCAUGUGCAAGCUGAAAUGGAUACCUUCCCUGGCUGUGCCUUCCAUAUUCGCCUCGUCCAGCCAUCGCCCUCUUCCACCUCGUAA